AUGUCGGACGAUGAGACCAGAGGACUGAGGCCAGAGUCCGAUGACGAGGAGGAGUAUUCGGAUGAUGAGGAAGACGACAUCACCAGGAGAACAAAACAAGCCAUUGCCGACAUGAAGACGAAGUUCAACAGCCAAGCAAAUGAAGACAUCGUUGACCAGUUUUUGAUCGAUCAUCACGCUGUAGUGAACCAUGUCGGUUUGAACGGAGUCACAUUCUUCCACAAGAUCGUCCAGCUCGUGGACGACAAGGACAACGAAAACUCGCUCACGGCGUCGUCCAUCAAGCCCUUGUUUGAGAGACUGGUCAAGAAGUAUUCUUACUUGUUGAGAAUCACAGACCAGGAAGGCCAGACUGCCCUCUACCGCGCCAUCAAACUAAAGAGAUACACCUGGAAACUGGUCGACUACAUCCUGAACAGCUGCGACGACCCGAAGUGCAUAGAAGAUGCUCUCAACAAGACUUGCGGAAAAGGAGAAUCCCUCAGGACAUGUUUGACGUUGGCAUUUGAGAAGAAUCUCAAUGCCGGAGUACUUCGGAACUUGGUCUCGAAGGCGAGCGAGACCGUCUUGGGGCUCCCCGAUGGCUCCCACCGGACUCCCAUUCAUUAUGCAGUUCAGUAUAAGCAGUGCACUGAUGAGCGCGUCCAAGUCAUCAAGCUUCUUCUUGACAAGGACGCCGAGAUCGUCAGGAAUAACAACUCUUCUGGAACGUUUCGACCGAUUGAAACCUUUCUGGACAAAAAGUACCUGAGAAAGGAGGAGGGAAAACAGGACGAGGUCGAGUACUCCGUCUAUGGCGAGCAUGAGAGGACAGCAAAGGCCUUCCUCAAGGCUCUAGAGGAGGAGCAAUACACGAAAGCGCGGAAUGCAGAGAAGGACCGAACGGAUGUGAAGGCAGCCGCCAGCAUCAACCUGGCCAUCAGAGACAAGGAACCGCCGAAGCCAGGAUUAGAUUUGAAGAGUCAGACCGGCGGAGAGCGUGAUCGUGCAGGCAGGAGAGCUUUGUCGGAUCGAGAACAACACAAACAGGCUUCUGCGUCUCUCGUAUCAAAGUUGGACGAGAAUGACAGGCGACGGCUUGAGCUCAGAGAGAAGGAAGAACGAGAGCAUCAGGAGAGGAGGUCUAGAGAGGAGAGAAAGCAGCGAGAAAGAGCUUCCGAGCGAGACGGCGAUCGUCCGAGACAGUCCAAGGACCAGAAAGAACGCCUCGAUGAGUCAACUGGCGACCUUCCCAGGAUCCACGUCAGCACGAAUGGAGCAGACCAUGCGCCCAACACCCCGCUGAAGAGAGUUGCCACUCAGAGGUUCGACGUUACGGAUGCGAAGGAGAAGAAGGCGUCGGCUUCGUCCAAGAAGGGAUCCAAGAAGACAAACCCGGAAGUCUUGGCGAAGAACUCUGCAAAAAUCCUCAGAAUGCUAAAGCUGCACUACAUGAGGACCAGGAGCAUCAAGAUGGCUACCUCUUUUCUGUAUGGAAAGAACAUUCAAGAAGACAUCCAGAUCUGUUUCGACUACGAGGGGCUUCCGUCAGAGAUCCAAGACCACGUCUUCGAGGAGCGUUUUGGAAAAGACCGAAACAGCGGCAUUCGUUUCGACGAAGUACUAAUGUACGUCAGGUUCCCAAUUGUUGCCGUGAAACGCACCGGCAGAAGGGCGCCGAAACCGCGAGCCCUGGGGCGGCAGGACAUGGAGUUCUUCUUUGAAUGGCUUUACAACAAGGGCGUGCGCCGGAUCCUCAAAGUCGAGGUUGACGACAGCGGCAAGAUUCCUCACAGCGACGAGGCGAUUCAGAAUUCGCUGGAGAAGAUCGUUGUCGAACAUCUCGACUGGCAAAAGACAGACCUGGAUCCUCGAAUCAUUUGUCACGUCAGGAACACAACUGCCGAUGAUGAAACGUCCGAAACUGUCAGGGUUGACCUUCGCGAAGUGACUCUCAAAUGGAGUGGAAACAACGCAGUCUUGCGAUCGUGGAGCGAGGUUGACGGGUUACCAAAGCUUCCAAAGCUCGAAGUUGUUCAUCUCGACGUUCCGGCCCAGUCUGACCUCUACGACAGCAGAGACUGGGUCCAGAUGAACAUUAAAGACUUUGGUACUCGCCUGAAUAAAAAUGCCAACGACUCCCGGAAUGAUAAGAGCCACUCAGAGAAACUAGACUCAGACACGUCUCAGGUUUUAGAGGGCUCGACGGAGCAGAUGGCCGGUACAGCUGACACUAAGCCACCCGCUGGGCGCAAGAUUGCCGUCUUCCCCAGAGAUGGUAAAAAGGGCACGGAUAUGCUAAUGUCCUCCAGUGGUGUGCCAAAACCAGCCAGAUCUAAUCCCGUCACCGAGCAUGACUGGCUCAACUGCACGGAGCGGUUUGGCGGAUGCAUGGAUUUGUUUUGGAAGCGGACAGUUGACCUAUCCCGUGAACAGAUUGGCAACGACUCGAAACACGCCAAUCGCCUAUCGAAAGGUGAGGUUAGAGUCUCGGAUACCCUCCAAAAGCUGGGGAAGGAUGUUGUUGUUGCGCUCAUAGAUGACGGUGUCGACUGCUGUGACGCGGCCUUUACCGGUCGUGUCAUUGAGGGCAAGACAUUCGACUACCAAGACGGAAGUGUCGGGCAGUACUACAUCUCAGCAAAGGGCCAUGGGACUGAGAUGUCGAGAAUGAUUCUGAAAGUUUGCCCGAUGGCCAACAUAUACUCCAUCCGACUCAAGACACACACAAGUCCAGACAAGGGCCUGUCUACAAUUGAUGCCGUCUCUGCAGCCCUGGCCAUUGAAGCCGCGCUGGAAAAGAAUGCCACCAUCAUCUCCAUGUCAUGGACGCUGCCGGUGCCGCCGGAGGGAAGUGAAGAGAAGCGGCUUCUGGAUUUAGUCCUAGAGAGGGCAUGCAGUCAGAACGUUCUGAUGUUCUGCUCGUCGCCAGACCAGAUCUCUGCAAGUCCCCUUUAUCCCUCGGCUUUCAGACGUUCAAGAUUCUUCCUCAUUGGCGCGGCACACGACGAUGGCAGUGCUUAUGGCCAUGCCGGGAAGGACAACGACUUUAUCUUCCCUGGAGUCAACGUGAACACGAGUGGUGGAAGCAGUCUGCCGGCGUACCUUGCCGACAAGACAUCUUCGAGCAAGGAGUCGACAGGGUCCAGUAUCGCCACGGCUCUCGCUGCCGGCCUGGCUGCCAUGAUUACGUACUGUUUCAAGGCGAGCGCGUUGGGAAUCGUCAUGGCGAGGAUGCAGCAAGGCGAGGACCACGUUGCCGGCCCGGAGCUUGCAUCUGUGCACCCGGGUGAUGUCGACAGGAUUGCUCAACACACUGUUCUGAAGACGGCGUUCAACAGGCUCGGCAAAAUGGAGAAUGGGCAGUUUAUUGAGGUGUGGAAGAGGUUCCAGCCAGCGAGUCAGAUUCUCGAGGGAGAGAACAAGUACGAGGAGAAGCUCAGCUGCAUCAUUAAGCUUUGCUCAAACCUCAUUGAGCAUUAG